CAUAUUUUGUUUUUUGUCCUGAGGCGGUGGGUGAAGCAAGACUUUUAAUAUUCACGAUCGUGAAGAGGCUUUUAACUCGAGUGGAAUACAGCCUACGACUAAGACUGUGAGAGUUUGAGUUAAAUUGAAGAUCAAAGAUUUAAUUUUAAAUUCAUAGUCACGGAAAACUAGCCUGUAAAGUGGCGACAUCGACAGACUAAUAUAUUACUUUAGAGAAACUCAUUCAUUGAUCUCGGUUCACCCCCGUAAACACGAAUCUCUUUACCUUCGGUUUACAUAUUCCCGGUAUUAUCUACCUCCGUGCACAUCCCACUAUAUUUUUCUUCCACGGAUUCUUCCACCGACUGAACGCUUCAUGGCCGGUGAGCUGCAAAGUGGCAGGCCGGGCUCGAGACGCUCUCGGACCGGGAAAGCUGUCGCGUUGGCUCGACUACUACACCGGGAUUGCACCCGCCUGUUGGAGCUUUACAAAGAGAAAGAAAGCUUCCCAUCCGAACACUCCCUAGAGACGGAUCGGAUUUUGUCUCUAUGCGUGUCUUCCCCCGACCUCUCAAUGGACGAGAGGGUGUGGCUUCAUCACUCCGCCCUCCAGCAGUGCCUCAGGCUUCUGGAGUACGUGAUUGGCCGGGAGGAGGAGCUCGAGGGCGAAGGGGGCGGAGAAUAUGAGUCUGUCCGUAACAGUGUGAGGGAGAGGCUGGGGCACUUGCUCCACUCAACCAGGGUCCUACUCGAGAAAGAAGAGGAAGAUAAUGUGCCUACACCUGAUCCUGACUGUAACAAGGACGUAGAUGUAGACGAAGGAGAUGGCGUUUUUGGGGUAAAGCUCUGGAUCUACCGUGUCCUGCAGGAGUUGAUCCACUGGACCCACUCUGCCUCCGAGACCCUCCACACCUUCCACUCCGAGCGGGAAGCAAGAGAGCAGGAGAGGAGGGGCAGUGAGAGCGAAGGGGCAGAGAUCUAAGAGAGGAGGGGGCCUGGCAGGUUAGGGAACAGUGAAGUUAGGGGUGAGGUGGCAGGAUUCCCUACUUUCAUUCAAGAGAAAGAGGGAAAAAAAAAAAAGAGUACAUAUGGUCCCUACUGGACUCAUAUGUACUCUGUUAGAGUUGAAUUAACACUGGAUUACCUUUUUAUUUAUUUCAAAAAAAAAAAUGAAUGUGAGAAUUUCUUCAGAAGAUAGUUUUAACUCUCAGUUCUGUAAUAACUCUAACGAUGUUAAAAUGUGCUGCUAACCCACUGAAGUGUUAUAUUGUAGAGCAAAUCUAUAAGCUAUAUUGACUGUUGCACUGUUUAAAGUUCACUGUAGCUAGAAUGCCAUGACACGUUGACUGUGAAAAUAGAGCUAAAGUACUAACACACUGCCACAUUCACUUGUUGCAUGUAGAUAAAGCACUUGCAAACUAACAGCGUGUUAAGUGGUCAGAAGUUGUGUUUGUUGGUAGGGUGCAACUUUGGCGUUUUGCUUUUUGUCUCAUGCCUAGAUUGCUGCUGAAAUGCAAUGCGACAGCUGUUGUGUUGUCGGUUAAACACUAGAGAACUGAAGUGCAUUUAUCAAAUUGCCAUGUGACAGGAUUUUUCCAUGGACCAAGAAAAAAGAUUAAGCCUGCUUGAUAAUGUUUUAGAAAAUUGCUUGCCAAUUUUCUUUUCUUUUUUCUUUUUUUUUUCAGAACGCCAUUGUUGUGUAGAUAAAUGGUCAUUAUUUGUGUCAACUUAAAGCAGUAAAUGUUUUCUUGUGAAUCUUCAAGACUAUAAGUCCUCCAUUAUUAGGUCACAUUUUUUGAAUCUGACAUUGUGUAACAUUCAGAUUUUUUGAAAUAUUGUGAAGUAACAGGUUUUUUUUUGGUCAGCAGUCUGUCUUAUUGUGUAUUCCUUGGAGCCAGUCACAUGACAACAGAUCACUAACAUUAUAACUCAUUCACUUUUACAUUUGUGACUAAAAUAACGGUCUCAAUACUCCUUUGUACUCUUGUUCAUUACAGAGGGAGUGAGUGCUUAAAGAAUGUGUAAUACAGCAACAGAACACUGGGUGAAAAGUCUGAGGAAGACAAAACAUUUCAAGCCAAAAUAAAUGGGUUCUGUGGUGAUUUUUGUUUUCCUAAAGCUGUGCAAUGACUUUUUAUUAUUAUUAUAACUAUUUAUUAUUGUUUAUCGAUUUGUAUAAUUUGAAAUAAAAUGUAAAGCGUGGCACUUAUUUAUUUAAUAUUAAAUAUAAUUGCGUGUGAUGAUCUGUUGCUCAGUCUCAGAACAUUAAACUGCUUCCUUUUGUUUAUAUAUGAAUGUUGGCACUCAAUGUAUAGGCUAUGUCCCGCGAGGGUCUACUGUAGAUGGAUUUAAGGGUAAAUUGCUGUGAAGAAAGGGAUGAGCAUUCCGUACUCAUUAUGUCAUACUGAUAUCUUUAAAAAAAAAUAAACGAAUGCAUCAAAA